AACUUUAAUACACUUGCGUCCUGCGUCCUACUAAACUCGAACAGUCGGAGUGAAGCUAUCAUGGUUGUCAUUUUUUUUCCUGAUCCAAAGCGAGUUUUCUUCGUAUUCACAAAACAAUCUCUUACGCAUAUAAAUUCGAAGGAUGGCGGAGGAUUUUUCAGUAAAUUAACAUAUCUAUCACUGUAAUUCCUUUUUGUCUUCUCGUUAUGAAUACGAUCCAAAGUUGAUCACACGCUUCUGAUCGAAGGUGGGAGUGCGACUUCGUAAGGGGAAUUAGUUAUUAGUGGAAGGGACUAAGGGGAGAGAGAGUGUGAGAGAGCAGGGGUUAUGGUGGUAGAAACUCUGAUAAAAUUGGCGAAGCUUCCUUUUUCAUUUGACAAAUACAUGCACAGAAAAGGAGAGAUGCAGAAGAGUUAGUGUAGUGCUGAAGGGAUAAUCGGCUAAAUUUUGGGACCUUAAAUCUGGCAACCUUUGGAGGAUUGAGAGCAAGGUCCUCCCUCAAGCAAGCCCUAACGGAAGACGACGAGGAGGAGUGCAGGCCUUGGCGCCGAAGGCUAUCAAUGGCGGUCACUUGGGCCUCCGUCUUCAGGAUCGCCCUUCUCCUCCUCCUCUUGGCUGCCAUUAUCACCGCUUGCUUUACUCUUCGUAUUGAGAAGAUCUUGAAGGAUUUUUUAUUUUGGAUCGAGCACAAUCUAGGGCCUUGGGGUCCACUUGUUUUGGCUGUUGCUUACAUUCCUCUGACAGUAUUGGCAGUUCCAGCUUCAGUUCUAACUCUUGGAGGUGGUUAUCUUUUUGGGUUGCCCAUUGGCUUUAUUGCUGAUUCCAUUGGUGCUACCAUAGGUGCAACAGCUGCUUUCCUUCUUGGUAGAACAAUUGGGAGGUCAUAUGUUAUUUCUAAAUUGAAGGAUUAUCCACAAUUUCAAGCAGUUGCUAUUGCAAUUCAGAGAUCUGGAUUUAAGAUUGUUUUGCUGCUUCGGCUUGUUCCUUUGCUUCCAUUUAACAUGCUGAAUUACCUCCUGUCUGUCACUCCUGUUAGCAUAUGGGAGUACAUGUUAGCUUCCUGGUUGGGAAUGAUGCCGAUUACUCUUGCCCUAGUAUAUGUUGGAACAACUCUCAAGGAUCUUUCUGAUGUAACACAUGGAUGGGAUGAGGUUUCAACAACUCAUUGGGUUGUUAUUGCAUUGGGUCUUGUGAUAUCUGUGGUUCUGAUGGUGGCUGUAACAAAAGUUGCGAAGGCAUCUUUAGACAAAGCACUUGCUGAAAACUUAGAGAUAGAGGGUGUUUUAGCCUCGCCACAGUUGCCCAUUGUAGCUGAUCCACCAAUGGAUCUUCACCAACCUCUCAUAGUCAAGAUAGACGUGUCUGCAGACAAUCAUGAAAAGUGAAGCCUCUAUCCUUUGUACAUUCUUUCCUUAGUUCUUUAUAUGAAUUUGUUUAGAUCUAAAUCAUAAUUGUAAAAGAAAGAAAAAAGUCAUGCUUUCCUUUCAUCCUAAGCUACAGUUCUCAUGCUUGCCAUUCCUGAACUAUGGGGUUCCAUAUUUUUUACAUUUGUAAUUUUAGAAAGAAAUGAGCUGUUCUACAAGUGAAAAUGGUACUUUAAAAUGUAAAUUAUCUUGUUCAACUGCUAUGUAGGAAAUAUAAACCACCCCAUUAUUCAAGUAA